AAGCGUUCCGCGGAGUGUUCGCGCCCAGUACACCCAGCGACUCCGGGACAGUCCCCGACACUCGCGCCGACCACGACCCGACACUUCGAUCGACACAGAAUGCUGUCGGCUUGUCUCCCAUUGUUGCUGGUGCUGGGCGCCGCGCUCGCCGCCGAGCAGGUUGCCGAGCAUGGCGCCGAGCAAGUCGCCGAGCAUGCGGCCCCGCUGGAGAAGCGCUCGCCCCAGUACGACUUCGGUCUCGGCAAGCGCGCCUACAGCUAUGUCUCCGAGUACAAGAGGCUUCCCGUCUAUAACUUUGGAUUGGGAAAGAGGUCUCGCCCGUACUUGUUCGGUCUGGGCAAGCGGUCGGCGGGCGCGGAGCAGCCUGAUGACGACAUCUCCAACGAAGCCGACCAGAACACACUCGAUGAACUCUUCGAUCAAUAUGAUGACUCUGCAGCUGUCCCAACAGGUUACGUGGAGAAACGCGCUAGGCCUUACAGCUUCGGACUCGGGAAGCGCUUCGCCGAGGAGCCCGCGGAGGACAAGCGGGCGCGCAUGUACAGCUUCGGCCUCGGGAAGAGGGCGCGCUCCUACAGCUUUGGACUCGGAAAGCGCUUAAGCAGCAAGUUCAACUUCGGGCUCGGCAAGCGGCAGAGAGACAUGCAUCGGUUCAGUUUCGGCCUCGGGAAGCGAUCGGAAGACGACACCAGUGAGAACUACAUCGACGCUUAAGUUAGAGAUUGAGUCGAGUUGAUUCCUGCAUUAGGACUUGCGUGGUGUUUGUAAACGACUCCCGCAUUAUUAAUAAUACGCUGUUAACUGUACACUAAAUAAGUUUUCUUAUGUUUUUUGUGUGCCAGGUUUAUAUGUACCUAAUAUUGAAUAAGACAAGCUGAAUAAGUAAAGACUUUCUUGCAAAAAAAUUAUCCAUUUUUACAAAAUCAUUGAAGCCUGCAAUUAUUUUUAAUUAUCCUAAAAUCAAUUUUAAUCAGGAGUGACGGACAGAUUUUCAAUACAAAAUUCAAUUAAUAUUUACUUAUAAAAUGUCGCUCAAUUAUUUAUCCUAUUAAUGUAACACAAAUUGAAAUUAAACCAAAAACGAUUGUAUUUUGGAACGAAUCCGACUCAUAUUAUUGUAAAAUAUACUGUUUGUAGAUUGCUACAACAUAAUGACUAGUAUUACUAAAAUAAACACUACAAAUAGGUCAAAUGUGCUUGAGCAGGAAAUAGAAGAGAAUACAACUGUUAUCGUGUCGUGACUCACAUAUCACAUACAUCACACUCACACAUUUGAAGUCGUCGUGGCCUAACGGAUAAGACGUCCGGUGCAUUCGUGUUGAGCGAUGCACCGGUGUUCGAAUCCCGCAGGCGGGUACCAAUUUUUCUAAUGAAAUACGUACUCAACAAAUGUUCACGAUUGAUUUCCACGGUGAAGGAAUAACAUCGUGUAAUAAAAAUGAAACCCGCAAAAUUAUAAUUUGCGUAAUUACUGGUGGUAGGACCUCUUGUGAGUCCGCACGGGUAGGUACCACCACCCUGCCUAUUUCUGCCGUGAAGCAGUAAUGCGUUUCGGUUUGAAGGGUGGGGCAGCCGUUGUAACUAUAAUUGAGACCUUAGAACUUAUAUCUCAAGGUGGGUGGCGCAUUUACGUUGUAGAUGUCUAUGGGCUCCAGUAACCACUUAACAUCAGGUGGGCUGUGAGCUCGUCCACUCAUCUAAGCAAUAAAAAAAAAAAAAAAAAAAAAAAAAAAUAUUGUAUAUUGACUGGACCCGUGUUACUAUACCAGUGCUAUGACGGAUGCGAUCUCAAGCGAGUCUCACAGAUGCAAGUGGUCCUUGCCCCUGAUACUAUCAAUGACCAUAGCUCUACUGUCAUCACAGUAUGAGCCCUUUGUUUUAAAUAAAACAUUAUUAGUAGAGUCCAUUUCGUUCUAAACUUAUAAGAAGUUUUUAUAAGAAUGUAAAACCACGCAAGCUCUCUAGAGCAGCCAAUACUCGACUGUAUAUUCUUUUAGUUUAUUUUAAUGAAAAAAGAAUCUAGUUAUUUCGAAUGUCUAAGUAAAAAUUCAGUAUUUUAGUCUAAAUAUGAACUUUGAAGGGUGCAAAGCUCUCGGGGAGUUACAGCGGAAUCUACAUUGUCGCCAACGCUACGUUAACGUUGCGUGUGCCAGCUGCCAUUUGUUAAAUUUGUUCAAAAAUAGAGUUUAUAAGAUAACAGGACAUAGUAUGUUGGAUUUGCUUCAACUUAUCAAACCAGUAUGUAAGAUCUAAGUAUCACUGAUCCAAAUUCGUUGUAAUGCAUCCGAAUCAGCCCGCAGCGCACCACGUCAGCUGCGAUAAAACUUGCCUAUUGACUCAGGAGUACUUGGCGAGUAUUUCCAAUGACACCUCUUGCGUGGCGUGUCUCGCGAGCACAAUACAGAUCUCACCGCCGCCGCACCGGCACCCGCAGAGUUGAGCACCACAUCGUUCUUACCUCUAUAGAAUAAUUUUGUAUAUUGUUGUUAGUACAUAUUUCGUACUAAAGUUACUCGAAAUGUUAGUAAUAGUAGGAAUAAACGUUACAUUCAUAACAACAUAAGCAUCGUGAACAUUA